AUGGUUAAUAAAUUAUACGUCUCCGAAUCAUUGUCUGAAAGUGAUUUUUCCGAGGGGGUUGUUGUCACUGUUAAAUCAUCCGACUAUACAUUUCCCCCUCCUAAACCAGAAUUUCCCGAUACUUGCUUAAUUUUUGAACACAAUUAUCAAGAUAUCCUUGAGUGUGCUAAUUCUAGUUUCCCUAAUAUAAAAAAGUCAUAUGAAGAUAAACGCGCGUUGGACAUAAUCUAUUAUAUGAAUAAGCAUGAAGAAUAUACUUCUAGAGGAUUAUUACCUAGCGAAUACAUCUUAAUUAAGAAUCCUGCCCAUUAUUCUGUCUGGGUUUUUCGAGAAAAAGUGUUGGAUUCUAUUCCAUCAUUUUCGUUGCAUGAUGAGAUGGAAUUUUGUAGAAAGAUCGCAUACUAUAAUCUUAAGACUUUUCAGGUCUGGAACCAUCGCAAAUGGCUUGUAUCAAGAGGAUAUGAUCCACUAUGUGAGCUGGAAUAUACGAGGCUUGAGAUUAUGGUAGACACCAAAAACUAUAUUUUGUGGGCUUACAGGCAAUGGCUAAUUACUGAUUAUUUUACCGACAAUAUUGAUGUGCUUGACAAAGAGUUAUCACUUACUACUCUAGUAUUGGAAAACGACCCUUUAAACAACUCUAUGUGGGUUUAUCGCAUGUUUAUAAUAACCAUGGUUGAACGGGAUUUAUCAACGGAACUUGAUUUUUGUUCCAAGCUAGUGGGUGUUGAUGAUGUUAUCACGGAUUAUUUGAGUGAAAUAAUAGCCAAAUUGGAUAAGGAUGUAGUGUCUAAUUGGUUAAACAGCAAUAGGGAUAAAAAAGAUAUGUACAAAUUAAUUGCGAAUAUCGCUUAG